CCAUGCUACCAGUCUCGAGAUUACGUGUAUAGCACAAACCAUUAUCCCGGAGCAAUGGAUAAGGUAGGAUAAACUUUCUCUGAGGCGGGUGAGAGUGAGACAUUCCGUGAACCGUUAGAGAAGCUCCAACAAGUAAAUGCAAAUACAUCAUCGACUUUUGUACUCUGCCAUUUCCCAUUCUCUCCUUUUCCUCUCUACCCACAUCCUGUAGAAAACACAGAGCCAAUUCACCAUGACGUCUUUCCUCACCAACCUCGGCUUGACCGCCAACAACUCCUUGGCUCCCCUCCCCAACUACGGCCCCCAAUUCCUCCUCGUGAACUUCCUUCUCUCAUACGUCGUCACCACCACCCGCUUCCAAAAGAACUCCUACGGCUGCGACAACAACAUCAACCCCCGCUAUGACCUCGAGUCCCCUCGCGCCGAACAGCUCGUCUCCAAGGGCAAGCUCACCCAAGAGCAAUUGGAGCAGCUCCGUCGCAUCCAAUCCGCUCACUCCAACUCCAUGGAACACUACACUGUGUUCACUGCUGCUGUCCUGUGCUCGCUGAUUGCGAAGCUGGAUAGUGGCAUGUUGAACAGAUACGCGACCAUCUAUACUUUGGUUAGAGCGGCGUAUUUCUAUGUCUACAGACAGAAUACUACAAGGCAGGCUGCUGGUUUAAGAAGUGUGCUUUGGUGGGCCGGUAACAUUGUUUGCAUUCGCCUUUUCUGGUUCGCUGGUAAGGCUUUGAAUGCGCAUGUUCUGUAGAGGGAGGAUUGAGCGCGUCGUAUAAGCUUAGGGGAGAAGGGUGUCAUGAGGGCUAUUCGUCUAGAUCUAUGCUCAUAUGGUAUCAUUGAGCACGAGGAUAGCUAGUCUGGGUUAGUAGAUGAAGUCGGAUCAACAAAAACCAAGAGUCUUCAUGACUCUCGCCCUUCU